UGCCAGAAUGCUAAGUGGUGGGACUGCUUGUUGAACAGAGACAGCCUGGACUUUUUUACUUUCAGUUUAAAGAAUAACAAACAUGCUGUGCAGUAGAUAGGCUUUCCGGGAAGCAGGAAUUGCUCCAGAAUAUUCCAAACUUAAUUUACUCCGUUCUUUUCUGCACGUUAUUGAGAGCUGAGAGACGUGUGUGUGCUUUUUUUCCCCAGCAGUUUUUCAAGCUGAAGUUCUCAAAUUCAAGCACAUAAUAUUAGAUUUUCUGAGUGGAAAAACGUGCAGUUUGUGAACUUUUGCCUAGUAAAGCAUUGCAGAGGCUGGCUUCUGUUGGGGUGAAUGUGUUCCUGUUGCCUUGGACUUUUAAAGAGUGAAAACUGAAUUUGAGACGUGAAGAGAGUUUGGGACUUUCUGAACUGAAGCUGCAUUUGGAGGAGAGGGCAUUUCGGUUUGAAAAGGAUUUCAAAGGGAAAGGAAGAGCAUAGCAUCAGAGGUUUCCAAUGUCAAACCCCAACAAUACCAGUACUACUCAGAAUACAUAUGUCUAUGAUGAUCCUGACUAUAUCUAUGAGGAUACAUCUUCUACCUAUGAUAAUGGCAAAGCUGUCAACAAUAGUGACCAAAUUCCAGUACUGGAAAACCGAUUCAAAUAUCUGUUUAUUGGGUCAUACUCUGUCAUUUUCCUUCUUGGCGUCACACUGAACGGGUUGGUCAUCUUCAUGGUGAGUUGCAAGAUGAAGAAGACACCCAGUUCUAUUUGGUUCCUCUGCUUGGCUGUCACUGACUUCCUAUUCUGUCUUUUUCUGCCCUUCACUAUCGUCUAUGCAUUUUAUGACUUUGACUGGUUAUUCGGACUGUUUCUGUGCAAGAUGAAUUCCUACAUAAUGUUCUUCAACAUGUUCUCCAGUGCCUUCUUGUUGGCUAUCAUCAGAAUUGACCACUGUAUUUACACCUGCUUCGCCUGUGCUCAGAAUUGCUGCACCGCAAACGUAGCUGUAAAUGUGGCCUUGGUUACCUGGUUUGGCUCUGCAAUCUUAAGCAUUCCAUCACUCGUGAUCCGCAAUACCUCUGUGGAGGACGGGAAAACAAUUUGCUUUGACAGCUACGACAUCUUCAACAAUACCUCAGCUGGGAGAACGAAUCACCAGGUCGUGCUCGCAAGCAGGAUUCUCUGCGGUAUAGCGAUUCCCUAUUUAGUUAUAUGCAUCGUUUCAUGUUUUAAAAGGAGCCGCUCCAAGGCAUAUAAAAUCACCCGCGUCAUCAUUUUUGCUUAUUUUAUCUGCUGGGUGCCCUACCAUGUGCUCAUGACCCUAGCGUUAUACCCCGAGCAGUUCAAUAAAGAAGUAUUUCUUAUUGGGAUGCCCAUAGUCAAUGUGCUUGCUGCUGCAAAUAGUUGCAUGAACCCUGUGAUCUACAUUUUCAUGAGCCAGGACUACAAGAUGUCAUGGAUGGAGAAUGCGUUUAGCAGAAAGACGAGUAACACAAGUACCCAGCUAAGAAGGAUAAAUCCUGAACGAGAGGUAGUCUAAACCAUUACCUUGGAGAUUUCUAUUGUAUCAUAAAAUAGUUAGGCUUAGGGUUAGAGUUAAAUUUAGGUUAGUGGGAUUAGGGUUAGGUUUAGAGUUAGGGUUAUGGUUAGGGUUAGGGUUAGUUAUCUUGAUAAUCUAACUUUUGUUUUCAAGCAGUAGUACUACAGAUGUCUACUGUACAGCACGUAACAGGUUUGUUUUAUAGUUUGAAUCCAAAUACUUUGAAAGCUUUUGCAAAAUAUUUUCGGAAGGCUUUUAAUUUCUUUUCAUAAUGCUGUUUUGUGUUAUGAUAUCUUUAAACUGUGCAUGUUAUGGUUUAUCUGUAUUAAUACUUUUAAAAGAUGUUGUGUAGCACUGUGUGUUGUUUCCUCUGCAUUAGCAAUUUACUGUUCUAAGGGUCUAUUUUUGUAUCACAAAUUAAUUUUGCCGUGACCCGGAUUCUCAUAACACAGCCAAUCACUGAGGCUGAAGGGAGAGGAGUGUAGCUGGCAGUGUUGAGAGAUGCAGUGCUGAGUUGUGGUUAAAAGCUCUAUAACCACACAUGCAGAUGAGCCUGACACGUUUACAUAGUGGUAAAGAGGGGGGAUGCAACGCUGCCGGCUUUACAUGCACUAGUCAGCAGUGUGGAGUAGUGGUUAGGGCUCUGGACUCUUGACUGGAAGGUCACGGGUUCAAUCCCAGGCAGGGGACACUGCUGCUGUACCCUUGAGCAAGGUACUUUACCUUGAUUGCUCCAGUAAUAAACCAACUGUAUAAAUGGGGAAUUGUAUGUAAAAAUAAUGUGAUAUCACGACCUAUUUGCUAUACUUUUCAGGCAAUGGGGUGCCAUGUGUCUUUUUUUCCAGAUUUAACUUAAAUCUUGUAUUUUUUCCCCAGAUUUAUAAAUGUUGUGAAAAUAAAUAAAUAUUUUUUUAAAUGUGUACAUUCAAAUAUAAUUUAACUAAAUAUUAAAUCUCUUAACAUGAUUUUAACAUUUAGCUAAAUAUUUAACUAAAUCUUAAAUCUCUUAACACGAUUUAACAUUUAGUUAAAUAUUUAACAGGCUAGCUAAAUCUGGAGUUUGUAUGCAAAUGAGCUCCGCCUGCUUUGUGCUUUCACGUGAUUUGAUUGGCUCUUGUAAUGCUGAUAUGCUUGUUAUCAUAAAGGUUAAAUGCUGCAUUGUACUGGGUUCAUAUCAAUGACUUUGAUAGCAUGGACAGCAUUUUCUUUUAUAUUGUAAAAUAUAUAUAUAUAUAAAUGUUUUUGUCUAUAUAUAAAAUAUAAUGAUUAACAUACAAA